GCGUAUCGAGAUCAUAGUCGGAAUUGGGGUGAUUCUGCUGCUCUGCCAUGAUCUGAUGGUUUCAAAGUGUGAAUAUUUUUAAUUUGAUGGUGUUCGGCCUUUUGGUGAUGUGAUAUGUUUGGUGGAUUGCGACGAAGGCCAUUUAUUAAUUGGAGCUCGCUGUUUGGUUCUUCGAUGAUACGGGGUUCGUCCGUCGACAACUUGUAGCCGAGGCUUGCUAGCCGUCGAUCAUUUAGUCUCCUCCCGGAUUCUUAGUUUCUUCGACGGAAGAGUCCGAAUAUCUUCAGAAUUUGGAUGGUGGCACGCGUUUGGGUACUAGAAGUCAAGGUAUUUCACUCAGCUUGAUCGGAAUGUUGUCCAUCAUCUUCAGAUCGAAUCUUCUCCGUCAUUGGACCACUCAACUCACAUUUCCUCCAGUUGAGCCACUCUUUCCACACAUAAUCCAUCGUCAUGCUUGAUUUAAAAAACAAAGUCGCUCUUGUCAUUGGCCUUGGCCAAUCUGGCAGCGAAGGCUGGGGCAUAGGAGCCGCAUGCGCAGUGCUCUUCGCACGACAAGGCGCAAUAAUCUUCGGCGGGAAUCGCACCAUCGAAUCCACUUCCAAAACGCAACAGACAAUCCACGACGAAGGCGGCAUCUGCGAUGUCGUCGCCACCGAUGCUACAGAUUCAGAUUCCGUAAAAGCUCUCGUGGACGCAUGCAUUGCGAAACACGGCCGCAUCGACAUUCUGCUCACCAACGUCGGACAGUCGCAGCCGGGCUGUCCGGCAACCAUGGCCGAAUCAAUAUGGGACGCGCAGAUGGAUAUCAAUCUCAAGAGCGUCUACCUCGCAUGCCACCACGUGCUUCCGAUCAUGGAAAAGCAGAGCGGCGGCGGCGCUAUUGUCUGUGUUUCCAGCAUCGCUGGUAUGCGAUAUCUCGGAAAACCACAGAUCGCGUACAACACUGCCAAAGCUGCGAUCAUGCAGUUCGUGAAAGCUACGGCUGUCAUGUAUGCGGAGAAGGGGGUGCGGCUGAAUACGGUGGUGCCGGGCCUGAUGGACACGCCGUAUACGAAGAGCUUGGCUGAUAGGUAUGGGAGGAAUUACGAGGAGUUCAAGGAUUCGAGAAAUGGACAGGUGCCGAUGGGAAUAAUGGGCGAUGCAUGGGAUGUUGCUAAUGCUGCGUUGUUUCUUGUUUCUGAUGAGGCAAGGUAUAUAACGGGGCAGAAGGUUGUGGUGGAUGGGGGCAUCACUGGUAGUACUGGGAGAGCAUGAAGCCGAUUAGAAUAUAGCAACAUGCAAACUCUUAUCGUACUUAACAAAUUCGUCAUUAUGUCUCCUUGAUUUGCCUGAAUCCCUCUUAAUCCUCAGGUUUAGUGUCAUAGAAUUCCGUCAAAAUCGAAGACACGAGAUCUUAUCACGAGAGCGAGCGAAGUCGAUAUGUUGCAAUAACAAAAAUAAAAGGAC